GGUUCGUCUAGCAUUUGCUUACAGCAAUGCAAUAUUAACAAAGAUGAUAUUGAUACAACUACUGAUAGUCCAUGUCCUUGUAACUUGUAUAAAAAUCACUCAACACCCAUAGAUUCUGUACGUUAUCAUGCUGCUAUCAAAUUAGUGAACAUAUCGGCUAUUGUAAAUGAAAAUCUCAAUGAAUUUUUACAACUUAAAAUUUUAAAAUAUUUCAGAAAACAUUUGAAAUCAGUGACUUCACAUGAGCCAUACGAUUUAAGAAUAACAUCAAUUUUACACAAAACUGGAGAUGUCCACUUUGAAUUUUACUCUCGUAAAUCGGAUCAAAAAAUUGUACAAGACCUACUGAAUCAUAUGAUAGCAAAUGGCUCUCUGCCUGGACCAGGGACUGUGCCAUUGGUGAAAACCGCUCUAUCUUUUCAGCAGGAACCAUCGUUAUGGUUAAGUAAAAUGGACGUGAACAAAAAUCGAGAUUCAAUACCCGAAGGAGAACCAUUUAUUAUAUCUUGCAUAGCCCAAGGACCAMCAGAURUGCGAUUCAAAUGGUUUAAAGAUGGAAUCCCAAUUAAUACGUCAAUAUCAACCAGAAACAUUUGGACGAAAAUCAAGAAGAUUGACAAACCCGAUUACAAGUCUUCCAUGUUGGUGAUCGAACACGCUGACAUCCUGGAUUCUGGAAAAUUUACGUGCCAGGURUCUGACCACUCACACCAGCAGUGUCAAUCAGUAGCGUUAACCGUGAUUCCUCUGCCAGAAGUCAUAAUGAAACCAUCCAUAACGGUCAAGCCGGGAGACAACGUAAYGAUUAUGUGUUUUUUGAAAAACGAAUUCACAAAGUUUGGGAACACGUGGCUGGAUAGUGACAUGCAUUUGGUGAAGAUCGACAAAAAUGUGUACUGGGAAGACUUGCACCGUGGCGGUAGUGUACUUUAUGUGAAGAACAUAACGUCGUCAGCCGAGUACAGGUGCGAAGCUUCUAACCGGGCRGGCAGACGUAACGCCACCGUUUACGUGGACGUCCUCAACACGAACGUGAUGGCGCAUUGCGUUUCGGACGGCGUGUGGCCGCUGACGGGUGCCGGCAAAUCGGCGUCCAUGGAAUGUCCGAAAAAUAGGUCGACCAGUUACGCGACACGUGCGUGCGUGCUGACCGCGGCCAAUCGAACCGAGUGGCAGAAAGCCGACUAUUCGCGGUGCGCACCGGACGACCUAAACAAAAUCACCAUGAACUUCCGUAAAAAAACGUUGGGAUACGAUAAAGUCAACGUGACGGUCACAAAAACGUUGAGUUCACUUUAUAGUGAUCUUCAUUCCACCACCAAAUGGUAUCCGGGCGAGGGUGAGCCCGUUAUCGAUUUCCUCGUGUCCGUCACGGCGUACUUACAGAAAUCGUACGAUUUAGGCGACCUAGACCAAGCUACCAUAAGCUUUGACAAUAUACUCAGCAUGCUGUUGGAAAACGAUUCGGUGGUCAACGAAAAGAAAAUCAUUCAGCUUUUGGAUAUGAUCGAAACGUGGACGCUUUUAAAAGCAUUUUACUUGUUCACCAACAAAGGAACAAAACAGUACACCAACCAGAUCGAAAAUAUACAUAUCGCGUCCGCCUCGGAAGUAGUGAUAACUCACAGCAGAAAUAUAACGCACCGAUUUUACGACAAACAGACCAUUAGGCCCUCACAACAACCAAAAGUAAUCGUUUCCAUGUGCGACGUUCAAAUCGACAAAUGGAUAAACAAAUCGUUCAAUGUAGGAGUCACGACGUUYAGUAAUCUAUCGGAGUUUUUUCCGAGAAAAUAUUUCAUAAACAAGAGCAAAGACGGAGAGAUCGAGUACGGCGUGAUGACGUCACUGGUUUCGAUCAGUUUGGCACAGGAUGGUCAACGGAUACGUAAACACUGGCCGAAAAUCGUUACCGAAUUGGAAUUCAACCUUAUGUUACCGUGGCUGGUGAACGGAACGUGGAACGUAACGUGUGUGACCAUGGCCAAGCUAACCGAUCAACAGUGGGACAUGUCAUCUUGCCGAGUGAUGAACGUCUGGUCACCAUCGUCCAACGUUACCCGUUGCCACUGCCCGUCAGCCGGUCUGUUCACCGUACUCGCUAGAGUGGUGCCGCUGGACGAUGGAGGUCAAAGUACUUCAAAACAAGAUGUGAUUAUCGURUUCGGGUGUGCCUGUUGCCUAGUACAAUCGGCGAUGUCUCUGAUGCUGCUGGUCACUCAAUGGGUUAGACACCCGACGUGCAUUGUUUACUUGAAGAUACAGCUGUGCUUUGCAAUUAUAAUCCAGAUGUCCAUGUUUCUGUACACAACAAAAAAUAACGAUUAUGGAUAUUUUUCACUGUACUUGCAAAUAGUGACCAUAGUGGAGAUAACGUCGCACUUGAGUCAGUUGCUCAUCGUCUAUACGGAGAUAAUUAGUUUCCCGCAGUUUUCCAAUAUUAAACUUCCCAUUAUUGGGGUAGCGACAAGUGAGGAUAAUUUAUCUAUUAGUAACACGCGAGAUGUGUUUUUUUUUUUAUCUUCUCCAUUUGGUGAUAAAUCCUAUAAUCUUAAAUAA